ACACCAAUUCAGAGAGAAAUCUCCUUCUUUUCUUUAGUUUUGUUCAUAGUAUUAGUAUAUAAUAAAAGUGAUUCUGUCAAGAACACUUUCUGUAAAUUUCAGUUUGUAAUUUCUAUUUCUAGAAUUUUAGUUCUUUAAUUUCAACAAUUAAGUUCAUUUGGGGAGUAUAAGCCAAAAUCAUUCUCAGCUUAAGGAUUUCACUUUCUCUAUUCUAGCCCAUUAUUUAUGCCAUCAGGUGUCCCAGUGAAAAUGAUGAACGUCAGAGGCCUUGCAGACCUGAAGAAGAAAAAACCCUCCAAGGGCCCGAUUGGGACGGACGCCGGUGUCCCAAAACCUGCCGGUGACUUCUUCAAAAAACCGGAGGGGCCGUCGGUGGGCCCAAGUGCUGAUGCUGCCGCUGCCGCCAAAAGGAAGGGCUCGGGCAGAGAUCUCGAGGGCAAGAAGCCCAAGACUGGGGAUGCCGGGAAGAAAGUCCCCCCGGUGAUCAUUGUUGAUGAAGGCCCUGCCUCCGGGGCGAAUGAGGACAUGCAGGUGGCGAAAGUGCCGUCGGGAGUUCAGGGGCCAUCUUCCGAGGUCCUCAUGGUUUCCCUCCCGGCUGGUACGGCCGUGAUGAACGGUGCGGCCGACCCGAGGGCGCUUCUGAGAGGCAUCACCCUCGAGAUUGACAGAGUAGCCCUCGGGGCUGAUGAAGACGAAGCCCUCGAGGACAGGAUCCUCCGGUCUUCCCUCACAACCUGCAUUGCCCUCGGGGAGCAAGCCCGGCGGCUAGAGGAGUGGCGCCUUCGCAAGGCCGAGCAGGAGGCUAAGAUGCGGGAGCUCAUCCGCCAGAAUGCUGACGCUGUUCGGCAGAUGGCUAUGCUGGAGGAGAGCCUUCGGCAGAUGACCCUGCGGGCGGAGGCCGCAGAUCGGGGCAGGGCAGAGGCUGAGAGGUCCGCAGCUGAGCCCUUGGAGAGAGCUGUCAAGGAGGCUGAGGCCGCGAAGGUGGAAGCCGUCGAGAGAGCCCGAGGGGACGCAAUCUCGGGGUUCUUGGCAGGGGGGUGGCGGUCCGAGGAGCACAAGAAAUGGCUGUCCUCGGUCGUCGAGUCCUCGGUUGACGAGUGGUGUGAUGGGCCUGGCGUGGAGUGGGUUUCCCGAAAGGGUAAACAAUACUAUGAUGGGGGCGAGUUUUUCACUCAAGCCCUCAUCUACCGGAGGAUGGCUCGCCACUUGAAGAUCGAGCAAAAGAACUUUGACCCGGCAGCAUACGGGCUCCCCCCUGCAGCCAGACAUCCGUGUUCCUCUCCCCCCCGAUGUCGAGAGGCCAGACCUGGAGGACUCUGAGCUUAUGAAGGAAGCCGAGGGUGACGAACCUGAGGCCGACACAAAAGUUACCUCGAAGCCAUCGGGGGAGGCGGCCCCCGGGAAUGACAUUGUUGAUAUGUAACAUGCAUUAUGUAAACAUGUAUUUGUAAUGGUGACAUUAUUCAUCCUUCGGCUUCGGCCUGCUUGUAACAUUUACUCGUAAUUACAUUUGCCC